AUCUAUGCCGCUGACACUAACGCCCUACUCGGAGAUCAAUGAGCAUCAAUGAAACUAAUUGUAAAACUUUAAAUUGUGUAUAUGAUUUAUUAUUGUCGGCGUUCUUUUUGUGGCUUCGUGUUUAAUUUUAUUUGAUUGACAUUUUUUCGAUUGAAUCUACACAAUGAGUACACAAGCUUCCUCCGCAAAAAUAAAAGAAUUACGCUUACCCAUCUCCAGAGUAAAAACGAUCAUGAAGAGUUCUCCUUAUGUUGAUACUGUCGGACAGGAUGGAUUGUAUUUGGUUACAAAAGCUACGGAACACUUCAUACAUUAUCUAACAGAGGAGGCACACAUGCAGAGCAACAAAGGACCCUCUUUGGAUUAUAAACACUUGGCAGAAGUAGUGCAGACAAACGAUACGCUGGAAUUUCUCAGAGAGAUAAUGCCCAGAAAGAUCACGGUCAGACAAUUCAAGGAAAUGAUGGCAGCUAAAAAUGCAUCCCAUAGUAGUUCUUCCGAGACUAGCUCAGAUUCAGACAGCGACAGUGACUCGGAUUCAGAUUCUUGUUCAGACAGUGAUGAAACAAAAGCAGAGAACGGAAACACAUCAGGCAGUGAGCGAGAAAGUGACACUAAAGAGAACGGUGCAUGUCAUUCUGAUAGCGAAAGUAGUGUAAAGAGUGAUAGCGAAGACAAUAAUAAGAGAUGAGUAUCAUUAAUAAAUUGUAAAAUUUUCUGUUCUAAUUAAUAUAAAAAUCUAUUAAUAUCAAGAUGUAUCUAUAUCGGUAGAAAUGUAAAGUAAAUAUAAUAACAAUGGCCCAAAAAAAAGGCUAUAAAAAAUUGUAAAAAAAGAUAUUUUUAUAUGUGUCUGCAACUAAUGAUAAAUGCAAAUUACGUCUUGUAAUAAGCACAUUCAUAUAUAUUGCCUUCAUUUAUAUUUUUGUACAUAUUUCAUAUAAUAUUCAUU